AAAAAAAAAAGUAAACAAACUGAAAUCAAUUGUGUUCGUGACAUUUAAUGCUUAGGAGAAGACAACUUUGAUUGGGAAAGGUUGUAGCUUGAUAGCUACGUUUGCCAUGUUACUUUCAUUUUUUUAAUGCAAAAAUAAAUGUCCAGUCUGAUAGUCGGAUGUUGAAGUUGUCAAGCCCAAGGAAAUUGCGUCAGUUUUUCCUCGACAUACUGAUAAAGGCCCCAAUCUAAUAGCCCACUGUGAAGGCUCAGGCUGUCAUAAUGUCGGAGCCCAAGGCACCCACCCCGACUCCGGCUGGAGACACAUACAAAGGAUGGCUAUUCAAAUGGACAAAUUACAUCAAGGGCUACCAGCGACGAUGGUUCGUCUUGAGCAACGGUUUACUAUCCUACUACAGGACCCAGGCGGAGAUGGGCCACACGUGCCGGGGCACCAUCAACCUGGCCACGGCCAACAUCGCGGUGGAGGACUCGUGCAACUUUGUCAUCUCCAACGGCGGGGCACAGACCUACCACCUGAAGGCCAGCUCUGAGGUGGAGCGGCAGCGCUGGAUCACCGCCCUGGAGCUGGCCAAGGCCAAGGCUGUCCGUAAUCAGGCCGAGUCUGAUGACUCUGGUGAUGAGUGUCCGACGUCACCCCCUACCUCGGGACAGGGCGGAGGGGCACGUAACUCUAACUCAGAGGUACAGUCCACACUGCGCACGCUGGGCAGCAAGGUGGAAGACCUGAGCACCUGCAACGACCUCAUCGCCAAGCACGGCUCCGCCCUCCAAAGGUCCCUGUCAGAGCUGGAGGGGGUGCGUCUGGGAGGCGACACGGAUGGCAAGAUCCGGCAGGUGACGGAGAGAGCCACGUUGUUCCGCAUCACCUCCAACGCUAUGAUCAACGCAUGCAGAGACUUCUUAGCGCUGGCCCAGGCCCACAGUAAGCGGUGGCAGAAAGCUCUGCAUUCGGAGCGGGACCAGAGGAUAAGGCUGGAGGAAACAUUGGAGCAGCUUGCCAAGCAGCACAACCACCUGGAGAGGGCCUUCAGAGGGGCCACCGUACUGCCCCUCUCCCAGAGCAACCCUGCCCUGAACAGCAAGAGUUUGGGCUCAGCAAAGGGAGACGCAAGUGACGAGGAUGAUGAAAACGAGUUCUUUGACGCUAUGGAGGACCCGGCAGGGUUCAUCACUGUACCGGCCGACCCCAAGUAUCAUAGAAGGUCAGGAAGUAACAUCAGUGGUCUCAGUGCUGAGACUGGAAUCGAUGACCAAUCGCUUUGUGACGAGCAGUCGCUGGGGUCCAAUCCGGAGUCGCCCCAGUCCCUGGAGGUGGAGCCAGUGAGGAAGAGGCGGACCAAAAUCCCAGACAAGCCCAACUAUUCGCUGAACCUCUGGAGCAUCAUGAAGAACUGCAUUGGCAAAGAGCUCUCCAAGAUCCCCAUGCCUGUGAACUUCAACGAGCCCAUCUCCAUGCUGCAGCGUCUAUCCGAGGACUUGGAGUACUACGAGCUCCUGGACAAGGCGGCUAAAUGCCAGAGCUCUCUGGAGCAGCUGUGCUACGUGGCUGCCUUCACCGUAUCAUCCUACUCCACUACGGUCCACCGUACAGGGAAACCCUUCAACCCCCUACUGGGGGAGACCUACGAACUGGACCGGCUGAGGGAGAGCGGCUACCGCUCACUGUGUGAACAGGUGAGUCACCACCCGCCUGCAGCUGCUCAUCAUGCCAUCUCAGAGAGAGGCUGGACCCUCCGACAGGAGAUCUCCCUCGCCAGCAAGUUCAGGGGAAAAUACCUCUCCAUCAUGCCUCUGGGCUCUAUCCAAUGUGUGUUUGAGAAGAGCAACAAUCACUACUCGUGGAAGAAAGUAACUACAACAGUACACAACAUCAUUGUGGGCAAAUUGUGGAUCGACCAGUCGGGAGAGAUCGACGUGGUGAACCACCGGACUGGCGACUGCUGCCAUCUCAAGUUUGCCCCGUACAGCUACUUCUCCAGAGACGUGGCCAGGAAGGUGACAGGUGUGGUGACCGACAAGGAGGGUAAGGCCCACUAUGUGCUGUCAGGGACGUGGGAUGAGAAGAUGGAGUUCUCCAGGGUGAUGCAGAGCAAUAAGGGAGAGAACGGAACCGAGGGCAAACAGAAGACCGUCUACCAGACGCUCAAAGCCAAGGAGCUCUGGAAGAAGAACCCACUACCCGAGGGAGCGGAGACUAUGUACUACUUCUCGUCGCUGGCGCUGACGCUCAACGAGUCCGAGGAGGGCGUGGCGCCCACCGACAGCCGGCGACGGCCCGACCAGCAGCUGAUGGAGGCGGGCCGGUGGGACGAGGCCAACGCCGAGAAGCAGCGGCUGGAGGAGAAGCAGAGGAGCGUCCGCCGCGAGAGGGAGAGAGAGGCCCAGCGUGCAGCCAACCUGCCCGAGGAGGGGGCAGAAGGGGUGGAGGUAGCGGAGGACGCUGUCAUUGAGGACUCUUUCAUCACUGACUCGCCUUUGAAAACCGAUGCAGUGGAGAUUGGUACGGAAGCGAGCCAGGCUUCGGACGAAACGGACCCCGACGAUUCUCCACCUCACACUCCAACCUCACGUGGUCCACCCCUCUCAGAGUAUCAAAGCAAGUAUUCAUCGUUCGGGACACACACACACACCAUGAUUUCAUUCUCACACCUUUUUUUUAUAUCAUACCUCAUAUCUUUCCAUCUUGCCCCCCUCCCCCAGUGGAUGACAUGGAAGGUCAUUAUGGAGCUGCGGUCAAAAGCGUCCACCAGGACAACUAUGAGGCGAUGUGGUUCGAGCGGACUGAGGACGUCAUCACGGGAGAGUCCAUGCACGUCUACAAGGGGGGCUACUGGGAGGCGAAGGACCACGGCAACUGGGACAUGUGCCCAGAUAUAUAUUGAGCCCUCCCCGAUCAGCGAAUUGUACUAACCCAGGCAUUUGGAACAAGCCACCCCUUUUCCCCCAAUUGAAGAAGGGACAAACUGGGUAUCGACCCUGUUUAACCCCAACCCUCCCUCUUUCAGGAUAGAUUUUGGGUUGUAAUGCCCCUUACCUUUCCCCUAUCACUCUCUGUGGGGAUGGUGUGUGUGUAUAGGGGCGGUGAGAUCCUGUAGGACAAUGCAACCAGGCAGGGGGAAAGACCUGCCUUCAUCUUCCGUGUAGGGUCAAGUUGCCCCUAGAUGCUGAUCUGGGGUCAGUUUUGCAUUUCCCCCUCUAAUGUUUAAGGUCAGGAUUGGGGGGGCCGAGCUGAUCCUAGAUCUGUAGCUAGGGAAAACGUCACCCCUGAAGCUUCAUCUUCACUACAAUGAUUAGAUAUCACCCUUUAGAGCCACUGCCACUGGCUAGACCUCUGUGUCUUCUGUUUCUUCCUUUGCUGCUCUCUUUCUCACCCACUCCAUCUCUUGCUAUGUUAGUCUGUGGAAAAGACUGGGGGCAGAUAGAUUCUAGCGAUUUAACAAUAUCAAACACUAACUCUACCUUGCUCCUCUUCCAAAGGAUAUGGACUAAAUGCAAAUGGACAUGAACAGUUUGUGUGAGAGUAUAUGUCUGUGUGUGUGAAGAGGGGGGUUAGCAAUGGGUUGGUGCUUAUGUCUGCUUUGAGGCUGCCAGAUUUUCAAAGCUUCACAAAUGCUGUUUAAGAGGUUUUUUUUGAGAGAGAGAGAAAGGGGGUGAGCAACAAAUGCAGGAGCCCACGUGUGUGAACCCGGUGACAUCACAUUAGCUCCUCUGCUGUGGCUAUUUGGGCUUGGAGCCUGUUAUCCCUCUCGAAGCAGCGGAAUCUGCUAAAUGAAGGAUGUAUCGUCAUAAAAUACUAUUUAAAACAGUUCCUACAUCCUACAUCCCAAAGAUGACUUCCACCUCUUCAACAGCAAAACAAUCUAGCGUAGCCUUAUUUUUUUUAUUAGGGUUAGUGUAUGAAGCAGACUCAACCAUAACAUAUUGGAAUAGUAGCCUAGUAAUUUAGUGUCCAAAAUGGCACCCUAUUCCCUAUAAAGGGCACUUCUUUUGACCAGGCCCUGGUCAAAAGUAGUGCACUAUAAAUGAAUAGGGAUGCAUCAGUAGAUUACUCGUAAUCUACUCUAGUUGAAGUGUGUGUGCACUAGUACAGAAUGUGAGCUUGAGUGAGGUCCAAAAAUAAGAUAAAUCACAUUUUAUUUUCAAGUGUACUUACAAAAUGUUUUUGAGACAGAGGAAAAAACCGACACAGAACAUUGCUAAUAUUUGUGUAUAUAUAUAUAUCAAAGUAAUAAUAUUGAUUAGUUAGAUCUAAGUAUGGUGAUUUGUAUUUAAGGUCAGAGAACUCCCAUUUGUUUCUGUAAAAUAGAACAUGACUGUUUCUCCUAGAACUGGAUUGUCCUCCAUUAAUCGUAAGUCAACUGUAACUAGUUUCAUUACUUUUUUCUCCUACUCCCUGGCCCCGUACACACUCGCGUUGUAUAAUACAUUUGAUCCAGUUACACUGCUGUGAAGACACCACAAUAGGUGUAAAAAGAAAAAUAUCAGCAUCAAAACCAUUGUCAAGUGUUGUACAACUAGUUUACUGGACCUGUCUUGAGUUGAAUGUCUAUCAUUGUAUUGUUCAUAUAGUUUUCUUUCACUGUCUUUCCAUUCAUCUUCCCUCCAUUUGUUGUAAUUCCCCAUCUUUUUAAGCUCAUUCAUUCUCUUAUGGAUCUUGGUCAGGGCACUGAGUAUAACAGCAUCACAGGGUGAUGUAAUAAAGCCUGACUGGAGAAGUGCA